CGCGAUACACGGUAGAUGUCGCCACGCCCUGGCAAGGCGUAUGAGUGUAGCCACCAUCGUAGCAGCGACUUUGUUGGCAGGAUGUGUGACAGCUUACUUUGCCAGACCGACUGCCCGAGCUUUCAAGCGGUCGAUGGAAUACAUCGUCGAUAGCGUCAUCGAUCUGCUCGGCCUGUCACCCCUCUGGCAUUGGCGACACAACGACAGUACAGCAUUCAACAGGGCCCUAGACUCGUUUGCUCACUUCCAGACACUGUCCUUGCGCGAUGUACAGCUCAAGCAGAGGAGCUACAACCGGCUUGGACAAGCAAAGCGAAAUCUCGCAGAGCGUGCCAUGGGCUACCAACUCAAGCUGGACCGCUACAGAGACAUCGUAGAGCAAGACAGCAAGAUUGCGGACGGCAUCACAAAGUGUGCACUCUAUGAUUUCGGCGUCGACAAUGUCUCUGCACUCGGCCUGAGCCAAGUCGCGCCAAAAGCAGAUGCAAGCUUGCACUGGGCUCGCGAUGCUCUGAAGCAUGUCCUCAAAGACUGGUCAAGCGAAGGGGAUGAGCAGCGUAAGAUCUGCUUUGAUCCCAUCUUCGCAGCGCUUGGUGAGCUCGAGCCAGAUGCGCGCAUUUGCGUACCUGGCUGCGGUCUCGGUCGACUCGCCUACGAGCUUGCUUGCAAAGGCUAUGAUGUCACGGCAUGCGAAAUGUCAUUCUACAUGACCUUGCCUUUGCGCUGGCUUCUCUCCCCUGCUGUAGACCAGAUCGAUCAGCACGAGUUCCAUUUUGGCUCUCACUGGUGGUCGCAUCAGCGCUCAACAGAGAGCUUAUUUCGAUCUACGCGCUUUCCUGAUCUUGUUCCGCACCCGCGCAAUAACUUUAGGCUCCUCGAAGGAUCGUUUCUGUCUUCAGCGCUCUUCCCAUCGACCGUGAGCGAAUCGUACAAUGCCAUCGUGACGCUGUAUUUCAUCGAUACGGCGAUUGACAUAAUCGAGUACAUCACACAAUGCUACCAGCUUCUCAGGCCAGGUGGUUUACUCGUCAACUUUGGGCCGAUACUUUGGCCCUCAAAAGCACGCUUGGAGCUGAGCUUGGAUGAGCUCAUACGUCUCAUCGAAGCAAUCGGCUUCGAGAUUGUGGAGCCUCCGCGGCACGUCGAUAGCGAGUAUCAGCGCGAUCCACAAGGCAUGAUAACAUGGACCUAUCAUGCAGCCUUUUUCGUCGUCCGCAAGCCUCACAAUGCAUAAUCUCAGAAAGGCG